AGCAACAGUGGAAUUUUUCCUUGUUUUCCGUUCAAGAUAACGUCGAAACUCAAAGCAGUAAAUUGAAAUUCGUGUUCUUUUGUAAUAACGAAAUACUCGUUUUGUGGGUUAUUAUUCGGCAAUAGCACACAUGAUGUCGUGUAAUAAUUAGACAUCACGGGGAUUCUGGGUACUUAUUAGACAUAUUGUUUACAUUUUGUCAGCACUUUGGCCAGCAUCAAGAUGAGGACACAUGGCUAUGUGUAUAUAUUCUUGGUCAGUGUUAUAACCUUAACAUGUCAACCGACUUUUGCCGAGAUAGGAAGUUUAUUUCGGAAAGAUAAAACUCUCCAAGAGCUGUUUAGCCCACGAGGCCCAGGACCAGGGUGGCGGUCCAUUGACAUUGGCGAAAAGAAGUCUGGAUACCUUAGUUGUUUGUCUCAAGAUUGGUUGCAGACGCAAGAUACGAACACCACUGGUAUUCGGGAAAUAACUAUCAAAGUUGUAUAUAAAAAUUAUGAAAAACAAACAAACAAAUUCCUCAACAAAACUGAAUUCGUCCUCGGUGUGCUUAAUGGAAAUGGAGACAUCAAAAAUCAUCCUGUUGAUGGCAUUAUAAAUAAGAAAAAAUCCAACAUGACAACGGUUAAGGUUUUACCAAUCAACUACCCAAAGAUGCAAAUACUAAUUAGGAAACAGGACGGGAAUGAUUGUAUGCUGGUUUACGAUGUCCAAAUAACUUAUAAGUUUUGUACUAAAAAGACUUUCUUCCAAGUCGCUCACUUUCCAAAAACCUUUGCGCCCAAAAGUGGUUCCGUUCCUUUGGCAGUUAAAGGAUCAUGUAGUUAUGGUCGCAAAAAACCAAUAGCAUAUUGCGACAGCAAAGGAGAAUGGUCAUUCAACGAGACUUUGCCUUGUAAUUGCGCACCUGGCGAGGUGAUGAGUAGCGUUGGAUGUGUUGAAUUAUCAUCGAUAAUUCAAGAAGGAAGAGCCGUGCGACUGUCAACUAAUCGUGCUAUCAUAUCGUGGAAACAGAAGGCUAUACCCAAUAUUCAAUACAAAGUCAUCUGCGUCGAAUGCAGGGCCCACAAUUGUGCCAAAAAUUGCCCCCCAACUGUACAAUGGGAAGAAAUAAAGUUGGACAAAUUUGGAGAAAACAGCACCGAUAUCACGGGAUUAAAGGGAGGGCUUGACUACAAGUUUAUAGUCGUUGGUAAAAUAAAAGCCAUAAACGAGAAGCAUUGGAAUGAAACUUCGAAAGACAUCAGGAUAAAAGCAUUACCUGAAGAAGUGAGAAACCUCAGUAUCACAACACAGAAUAACGACAAGAUCACCUUAACAUGGCUGCCACCAAACAACAUGAACAGAGCCAGUACUUCAUACGAGAUUAGUUGUCAAGUUUAUUGCCAUAAUAUGCAAUGCACCAGAAGUUGUGAAAAAUUGAAGUUCAUCCCAUCCAAGAACGGACUCCUGCAGACAAAUCUCACUAUAACUGGAUUCAAGAAUCAAGGCAUGCGAUACGUUUUCAAAGUCCUAUCAAAACAUCGUCGCUACGAAAGUUCCAAGGAACGUUUGGAUAUUGAGUGGAAUUUUGCGGAAAUAAAUUACACAGCAGAUUUUAGAGAGGAAUUACCAAAGGGGUCCAAAUCAUUUAACGUGGUCGAUGUCGUUAUCGGCGUUUCCGUUUUAAUCUUAGCCGUGGUUGUCACCAUUGUUGCUACAAGAUGUUAUAACAGAUGGAGGAGAAGAAAGCACUCCUUAAGUUUCGAUAGUGAAAAUCCAGAGCAUUCACAGUGUGAAGUUCCACUGACAGACGCGACAGAACAUUACGUCGACCCCUCGAACUACGAUAGCAUUGAAAACGUGCUGAAAAAAUUCACGAAGAAAUUGAACGAGAAGAAUCUGAAGACUGAGGCCGUUAUUGGCGGAGGUGAAUUUGGUGUUGUAUGGAAGGGCUACCUUGAUAUCGAUGGAAAAGAACGAACUGUUGCAGUAAAAUGUCUUCGUAGCGGAUUGUCGGCGAAACUACGUCGAGAUUUCCUGGCAGAGGCAUCAGUAAUGGGUCAAUUCAAAGAUCCUAACGUCAUUUCACUCCAUGGUGUCGUAGUAAAGAAAAAUGCGGUCAAGAUUGUCAUGGAGUUCAUGUCAAAUGGUUCAUUGGACCAAUUUUUAUUGAAAAGCAACGCAAGAUUAACAACUUUGCAAUUACUUGGAAUAGCACGAGGCAUUGCAUCUGGCAUGAACUAUCUUUCCGGACGGAAUUUUAUUCAUCGAGAUCUAGCUGCAAGGAAUAUACUUGUUGAUGAAAAUCUUACUUGCAAAGUUUCUGACUUUGGUCUAACUCGAGAAAUUUGUCAGACUUCCAAUUACGAGACUCGGGGUGGAAAGAUUCCUAUUCGGUGGACUGCACCAGAAGUAAUCAAACAUCGCAAGUCGUUCAUUGCAAGUGAUGUGUGGAGUUAUGGUGUCGUACUUUGGGAGAUUAUGUCAUUUGGUCAACGACCGUAUUGGGACUGGGACAAUUUUCGGGUUCUACAAGAGAUAGAAAGCGGUUACAGACUUCCAGCACCAUUAAAAUGCCCAAAGACUGUCCACACUCUCAUGCUUCAUUGCUGGGAGAAGGAACGAGCAGAUCGCCCGCUAUUUAUGCAAAUCCUUGAAAAGUUGGACGAAUGGAUACGCUCACCAGAAACUAUACAUCAUUCGCCUGCACCAAAAGCGCGAAGGGAAACGAUGGAACCUAUUGAACCCCAAUCACCAAUACACAAAUGGCUCGAUUCUAUUAAGAUGGGCAAAUACGCAUCUAACUUUAGUGAAGCUGGUUAUAAUCGUCUGAGUCAAGUGACCAAUUUAACUGAAGAGGACUUAACUGAUAUGGGAAUCACCCUUGUAGGACACAGACAUAAAAUUCAUCAGAGCAUUCCUUUGGUAACAUAAGGAAUGAAUGAGAAACUAAUGGUCAGCAUGAUCUUUAAUGCAUUCAGGAAAAAUGUGUGGCGAGCUUCCAAGUUUCAAGUCAAGAUAUAAAAGAUGAUUCCACCAGAAGAUCAGAAGUGAUAGAGAAACUCCAACCUUUAUCAUGAAAUUUUGAGGAUCAUAUGAGGGAUUUUGAGGAUCAUAUGUUCCCAGCAACAGGAUUAAAGCAUUCUUUUUUGCUUAAGAUAUAAGUCGGUGAUGAUUAAACGUUCUCAAAUAGAUGACAUUGAAAUGGCAUGUAUUAUACAUGAAACAAUUCUGAUGAAUGAUUUUUUACAUAUUAGUAAUUAAGAUGCCCCACAAUUAAAAUUUAUAUAAUGUAUAUACGGUUGAAUUGCAUGUUGUGUAAGGGGUGUAUAUAUAUGCUUGCAUUAGCAAAAAUUUUAGACCAAAAAUUUUAUUUAAAUUAUAGUUGAUAGAAAUAUUCUAUUUAUACUUAGAGGAGAGAAGUUAAUAAAAUGGCGUACAUGUGUUGUAAUAAA